AAUACAGGUUUAACCAUUUCCCACUAGCGAUCUUGUUCUCUAAGCCUAAUAUUACUCCCUUGAUCAGUCUUUGCAUAUUUAGAAAAAUGGCAUCGCGUGUGUAUUUGUCUGUUCUUCUCCAUGCCUUUGUGUCUGCAGCUCUUGCAACGUUUAUUCAUGCCACAAUUUUCUCACCACUGUCACCUAAUUACUAUGAAUUUUCGUGCCCUAAUGCUUUGACUGCCAUCCAAAUUAUAGUAGAAGCUGCGGUGCAGAAAGAGCCUCGUAUGGGGGCUUCUUUACUACGCUUGCACUUCCAUGAUUGCUUUGUUAACGGUUGUGAUGGUUCAAUUCUACUAGACUCUUCACCCACCAUUGACAGCGAAAAAGAUGCACUUCCUAAUAUUAAUUCUGUUAGAGGAUUUGAAGUGGUGGAUGAUAUAAAGAAGGCUGUGGACGAAGCAUGUGGACAACCAAUUGUUUCUUGCGCUGACAUAUUGGCGGUUGCAGCUCGUGACUCCGUGGUUACAUUAGGUGGGCCAACAUGGGAAGUUCAAUUGGGGAGAAGAGAUUCCACCACAGCAAGCAAAGAAGCAGCAAAUGCAAACCUUCCAGCACCAAGUUUCGACCUCUCUGAACUCAUCAACAACUUCAACAACCAUAGUCUUGAUGUGAAGGACCUAGUUGUUCUUUCAGGGGCCCACACCAUUGGAUUUUCAUUUUGUAAAUUUUUUAAGGACCGUGUCUACAAUGACACCAACAUUAACCCCAUCUAUGCACAACAACUUAGAAACAUUUGCCCUAUAGAUGGUAGUGGUGACUUCAACCUUGGUCCUUUGGACCAAACCUCACCACUUUUAUUUAACCUACAAUAUUUCUCUGAUUUGUUCCAAUACAAAGGACUUCUUCACUCUGAUCAAGAACUCUUCAACGGGGGUUGUACUGAUGCAAUGGUUGAACGUUACAGCUAUGAUUACAUAGCUUUCUUCCAGGACUUUGCCAAUUCGAUGAUUAAGAUGGGAAAUAUUCAGCCCCUCACUGGGACUCAAGGAGAAAUUCGUGUUAACUGCAGGGUAGUGAACUAGUUCCAUUACAAAAAAUUAAGUAGCAAGUAUUAUAUAUUAUACAUAUUGAAUAAUUAUUGAGGCUAUGAUAGUGGUUCACAAUUAUGAAUUUAUUAAUUUACAAUAUGUAAUGGAUGGUAUGUAUCCUUCAUUUACGAUAAAUUGUUGGUUUGAAAA